UUAAACAGUUAACGGUCGAAUCGACAGGUUUAAACAAGUUUACAGGUGUUUGGCGUCUGUUGAUCUUAUAAAACAAAUAAAAGUUUUUAUAUUAAAUAUAAAAAAAGUGAAAAUUAAUUAUUAAUAAAAUGGAAGAGUUUAAAACACCAACAAGCAAAAGAUUUCGCAGUCGGUUUGAUGUAGACAAUUUAAGUCCAUUAAAAAUACCUGCGACGCCUUUUUUGAAACAAAUAGGUUAUGGAUGUGGUGUCAAUGUAUUUACACUUGAAAGAUCACCCAAGGUCGGAUUCGCGCGAUCACCGUGGGCAAUAAAAAAAAGAAACGCAAAUUUAUCGAAAGAUAUUAAGUAUGAUUUGAGAAUAAAAUUUGAAGCUGAUAUUCUCAGGAGUUUAAAUCACCCGAAUAUUGUUGGAUUUCGUGCUUUAACUUUGUCGGAGACGGGAAUUCCAUGUCUUGCUAUGGAAAAAUUAGAUCAAUCUUUAGGAGAUUUGAUUGAAGAAAGAGUUGACACUGAACAAGAUCCGUUCAAAGCCGAAGAUAUUGAGUUUGUUGGUUACGAAAUAGCCAAAGGCUUGGAUUAUUUGCAUCAUACUGUUAAUAUUUUGCACGGUGACCUCAAGAGCUACAAUAUUUUAAUUAGGAACAAUAUGAAGAUAAUAAAAAUUUGUGAUUUUGGAGUAUCAGUGCCAAUUGACAAGAAUAUGGUCAUGAACGAUGGGUUUAUUUACACUGGAACUGAGUGUUGGAAUGCUCCAGAAGUCAUAAGUGAGGAAGGCCCAAUCACAAAUAAAACAGACAUGUGGGCAUAUGGACUAAUACUCUGGGAAAUGAUUGCCUUGUCGCCUCCACAUGUUGACACUGGAGAAGAGUUGAGUGAAUCUAUAUUGAACAAUUCAAUGGAUUCUGUGAUUGGUGACGAGAACACAAAUCCCAAUAAUAGUGAGCUGCUUGACAGUAGUUUGCUUCAAGAUAUAAAAGUCAAUGAAAAUUUAGGAACACGACCAGCUUUGCCAGCGAUUUACAUUGGACCAGAAUACGAUCACAUACUUGAAAUAUUUACUUUAUGCACUGACCAAGACCACAAAACUCGUCCGAGUGCAAGAGGUGUUGUCAUGUAUUUUCAGAAUUCGAUUUUCAAGCCUUCCAGUGGCAGUAAAUAAGUUUUGAACACGUUUAUUUUUUAUUACUAUCUUAAGGUAUUUUUUGAAGAAUUUAUCAGUAGCCUUGUAUGACAAUAUUUAUAAGAAAAUAGCAAUUAGCAGUAGAAUAAUAAUUAUAAUGCCGAGUAUGAUAAGUAACUUUGUUUUUCUCUGAAAAAAAAAAAAUUAGGAAUUAGUAAUUAGUUUUUUCAAUUAUUUAACUAAUAAUUUAUGUUACUUUUCGAUUUCUGCGACGUCUUUUUUCGGCUUUUGUAAGAUCACAACGGCCACCUUCUACGUCGUCUGUUGCUUUACAAGCAAAAUAUUCAACACAAUUUAGUUGCUCACCCUAAAAUAUGUAUAUUAUAAUAUAAUAAAGAAAACGUUAAGUAUUAAA